AGUUAGCUGAGCUUAUCUUCACAGAUGGUAGUGGGGCCAGAGAGCAACGCUGUAUUGUAGGGGCAAACUAUUACAAAUCAAACAGCAUUCAUGAAUUUACUCAAAUAAUUAUUCAUAUAGGGCCCGAUAUUAAUAGUUUAAUAUAUAAAAAGGAGCAUCUAACUCCUGUUUUGGUGCAUUAAAUGGAGGAGAAGAAGGAAGACGGAGACUCGGAGAUACAGGAACACGGACCCGAGCACUGGUUCUCAAAAUGGGAGCGGCAGUGUUUGGCCGAAGCGGAGCAGAGGGAGCCGAGCGAGGAGGAGGCCGACAACGACCAGGAUAAACUGUGGCAUCUCUUCCAGAACUCCGCCACCGCCGUGGCACAGUUAUAUAAAGACAGAGUAUGCCAUCAGCAGGGCCUGUCAUUGUGGGUGCCAUUUCAGAACUCUGCCACAGCAGUCACCAACCUCUACAAAGAGAGCGUGGAGGCCCAUCAGAGAACCUUUGAUCGGGGCAUCCAGACAGGCCACCAGCGCCGUAAUAAGGACAUGCUGGCCUGGGUGAAGAAGCGACGGAGAACCAUCCGCAGGGAGGAUCUUAUCAGCUUUCUGUGCGGCAAAGCACCACCGCACAGGAGUAGCAGGACCAACACCCGGCUGGCCAUGGUGGCCCCGAGUCGGGCUAACUCUCCAGCGGAGACCGGCUCAUCUGUGGAGGCAGACCUGCAGCCCUUCAGGGAGGCCAUAGCACUGCACGGUCUGAGUGGAGCCAUGGCGAGCAUCAGCGUCCGCUCCGGUGCUCCAGGGUCUCCCACACAUGUGAGCGGGAGCAGCAGUAACGGAGGCGGGGCCGGCGUAGGCGCUUCCUCCGGAUCGGGGCCGGUGUGCCGCAGCCGGCGCAACGGGCUCCAGGACGUCGACCUGAACACUUUCAUCUCGGAAGAGAUGGCGCUGCAUCUGGACUCUACAGCCUCCGCCGGAGGGGGAGGAGCCAGGAAAAGAAACUCCACCCAGUGCAGCGAUGUCAUCACAGACUCUCCUACGCACAAACGCAACAGGAUGAUCUGAUGUGCUGCCUGCCUGUGUGUGUGUGUGUGAGGGGGGUAAGCCUUCAGAGCCAAGGCUAGGAGAGGGAGGGAGGGGGUUGAAGGGGCGAACAUGGGACAGAUGCACAGAGGGAUGGACAGACAUUCAGCUGCCUGGCUGUGCAGAAGAACGUCUGAAAACGCAGACAGAUGGUCCCCGUUUGCUCUUUUCUGGUGGUGAAUUUACUCUAUUCCUUGUCUCCUUUCCCUGCUCUAUUGCUACAAAUCACUGCAAUCAGAACACUUAAUGAGUGUGUGUGACGAGGAGGUCCGGACGCCAUCGCCCCCGCCCCGGAAAGGAGACAACGAAGGAAGACUCAUCAUGGGAUACAGACAGUUCUCAAACACGCACUGUGCUGCUUCGACGAGUAAAAGCCACUUUGAUCCUCGACACAUUUGUGCCCUUCCCUCCCUGAACCCCACUCAUCCUCACCCGCCACCUUAAUAAGGAAGUGAGGGCCAUGAUCGUCUCACUCAGUGAACCGAGUUGCUCGCCAAACGUUGGAGCCCCAACUCUGUCAGAGACUCAACCCUCUGCGACCAACACGUGAUCUUUCUGUUGCUCCACUGUCGUCGGUGGGUGAGCUGAAUCGCAGUAGGACAGGUGUGGGGUCAUCUAGCUUCAGUUACAUUUCUCCAGGUCGAUGGCACGUCACUUUACUCUCCGCUAACUCUGCUUCAACUAUGGCUCCAUUUAGUAAAGCCAGUCGCCAUUUUCAUUAGUUCGUCAAACCACCAGUGUUAAAAUUCUAGGUUUGUUGGCAGCAUUGAUAGCCAAGUUAAUUCUUUCUCCACAUUCUUUCUGUUUUUUAUUUUUUAUUUGUGAAUACAGCUUGUCAUAAAGCUCACCCCUUUACCCUAGUCUUAUACAAAAAGCAACUGUUCUUUUAUGUGAUCUUGUGAUUAUUCUGAGUUGCAAUAAGGACUGCACUUAAUUUUCACCUCUAACUCAUGCAAACAAAUUGGCUCUUCCAUUAUAUCCCAGAUGUAGCCUAGAUUAGCACAACACUCACUGCUUAGAGGAAGUAAACACUCGGUAUGACUAAAAACACACAUUUUUGGUCCAACAACCCUUCAAACAAUUCCGCACAUGGGCUCUACUUGUAUUAAAGAGUCUUUCCCUGCCUGACAAAUGGUUUAUCGGAAGGUAGUCGGUGCUGUUAAGAAAGCAAAAAUCACAGAACCGUUUACAAAGGUAGCGUUUCUAAAUAGACCCACGAAACACGCCAGUCGGAACACACAUUAUUGCAUUAUCUGGCUGGAGUUUGGGUGUUGGUCUGCUUUUUUGUAUCAGGGCCGUGUGCAUUAAUACGACGUGGAGGCUUUUUUUUACAGGAUGAUGAAUAUCCUCGCUGGUUUAAUUCAAAUUGUUGUUGCCUUCCAUCAUUUUGUAACGGUGAAGAGUCAGUGAUACCGCACGAGUCCGAAAUUUCAAGUUCAAGUAAGAAGAACUGGAUUGAAUUUUUUUAUGAUUUAUAUUGAAAGAUACUUGGAGUAUAUCCAAGUUGUUUUUGCACAAUUGGUCUCCUUUAGCAUAGGAUGCUAACAAAGUUUAAAUUAUUAAAAAAUCUUGAGUUAUCAAAUAUAAAUAUCCCCAGUGAUGCCCUGCCAUAUUAGUGAUAGAGUAAAUGUUGGCUUAAACUUGACCUGUAAUACCCGCUGUAGCUGAACCAAUGAGACGUCACUGUUUCCUUCUCCUCAUCCUCCUUUUCGUUCACUCCCCUUCUAUUUGUACGACCUGGAAAAGUGGGUUUUCUUUAGUUGUAUAAAGCAUGCCAGUUUUUAACUUCUGUUACAGUUUCGUCACAGAUUUCAAUUUUCUUUUGCGUUAUAGGUUGGCUUUUAUAUUCAUACAUCAUAUCUGGCUUGUUGGUGGAAAAGAAAAGGCUGAGAUGUGUUGCUUCUGUCAAAGACUUUAUUCUUACAUACAAAGGAAACCACUGAGUUGGACUGAUUUAAAACGAAUAGAUCCAAAUGGAGUUUUGAGUUGGUUACAGAAAAAGUAAUUCAUGGUGAGGAUUCAUGCUUUACAUAUUUCUAAAAAGCAAGAAAUGUAUGUCCUGGUUAGCUUCAGCUAGCACAAGGCUAGUUAAUAAUGUAACAUAGGAAGGAUCAAUGUUUAUUGAAUAGGAACUUCGGCCCUUAAAGACAGCCAAUGGCAGUGUACGGAGAUUAUGUAAAUCCUUUGAACUGACCUGUCAACACGCUCUUAAUUAAAUCGGAGGAAUGCAUUUUGGAUAUUUUAGUUGCUCUUUCUCCGGGCACUGUUUUUGCGUCUAGCACUCCACAUCGACUGAAACCAAAUGGUGCGUGAUGUUACAAAUGAGUGGUUAUCCUCCCCAGUGUUUCUGUUGCAUGACAACAAAGGGAAGACGUGAAGUGGCUGCUGACAGUUUCUCUCCCCCCCCCCCCCCCUCAAAAGGCAGGACUAAAGCGAGUUGGCAGGACGCUGCCAUCUUUCUAAUCCCCCUGUUCAACCUGCAUUGAUUAGCUGGGUUAUUAGGGGGGGGGGGGGGUGCACUUUGUGUUUUUCUUUUCUUCCCCCGAGCCAAUCACCGGCCUUCAUCCACAUUGUUCUCAAAAAGGCUGAGUCAUGCCACGUGUCUCUGGAGCCAACACUAUUAUCAGCUGUUUCUUGAUACUUAUUUGUUUAAAAAGUAAUAAAUGGCUAAUCUAUAUACUUAACAUUUAAUUGUUGGUAUGAUAUAUGUGGUUCACAUUGUAAAAUAAAUAAAACCAUUGAGUUGCAAAUGGAUCGUCUGUUUCAUUAAAGAAAAGUAAAUGGAG